AUGGGCGUUGAAGUCUCCAAGUACCUGGAACAGGACGCACCUUUAAGCGACAAUGGAGUAUUGCUCGAGAAUCACUUAAUCCCUAAUGACAGCUCAGUCGCCAGUGUACGACGCACCAGCGCUGACGUCGCCAACCGCUCGCAGAUGUUCGCGUUUUGUCAGCAUUGGGAUCUCGUUCGUGUCACGGAGUUUUUACGCUGGUAUACGGAUCUGGUCAGAGUGAAGAAAAAGCAGACAGAAGACAGGGACACAAUUCUUUCGGAUACCUCGGAUAUGCACCACAAAGUUGAUCAACUAUCAAAGGAGAUUGCAGUUCUGGAGUCACUUUUAACGCAGCUAGAAGUAGAAAUCGAGAGCGUCACAGCCCAGUGUGAAUUACGACGGAAAGCUACGGCUCUACGCGAUCUCAAGUUGCAUCUGCUUGGCUCUCUAGAGGGCGUCGAACUCCGAGAAAAUGUACAAUGGCCAUUGUUUAUCAAAGCGGUGACUCAUGUUCAUUUUUUAGAAACGGUACGCUCCAGCAUCCAGUCGAGUGUCGAGUGGCAUCCAGCAUGCUCCGGUUUUGCCAUGCAGCGAGAAACUACUGCGAACUCGGCGCUUGAUGAGUACAAUAAAGGUGAAAUUCUGUUGCCACCUCCCUCGAAGUAUGAAAUAGACGGCCACACCGAUGAUAGUGCCAGUAGCUCAGCAGCGAAAAGAACCGUCGAACACACCAGUGAAGAGGCCAAUCAAAAGCCUCUCGAUGGCCGUGCUAAGGUCGAAGCAAUCCUUCAGAAACCUCGCGCUCUUAAACGUUCUCUUCCUGAUUUGUUUGACGCAUCAACGCGGAGUCCGAUCUUCUUCGGAUACUCGUACGACAAGCAGAAGAGUCGAGUGGAUGAAGCUAUGGAAAGUGAAAAUAUCUCGACAACGAAAGAGAAUUUCAUCUUUGAAAUGAAAAUCCAGUAUCAGAAAGAUCAACUCGAGUCGAUACUCACUUCGGAGAAAGGGAAACUACAGGUGCUGUCCCAGAAAGAGAGCGACAUACGAGUGAAGCGGGAAAAACACUGGGCAAAGCGCCAAGCAGAGCUUGAACGUGCGAAGAAAGAGCUGGAUCCAUACGACGUAUUCUUCCGGACACAGGAGGCUCAAGACGACAAGACAAAGGGGCAGGAAGCAUUUGAAGAUGCAGAGUUUACUCGACAGAGGCAGAAUAUUGACACUAGAAUGAAGACAGCAGAGCAGGAAUGUACCAAAUUCAUGGAACACGUCGCUGCUGUCCGCUGUAUCGAUCGUCCGCUGGGCGACGUGAGGUUAAAUUUCCAUGGACAGGAGCUGGAACGGUACGAACGAGAGGUGAAUACUGCCAAGAGUGCGCUCGCCACGGCUCAGGAGGAAUAUGCGGCGCUCACCACGUCGAAACUGCGAGCUCCUGGUCAAGAAGCAAAGCUCCGAUCUCAAGUUUUGUUUGCGGAAGAUCAAAUUAAGAAUCGGGAAAAAGAACUGGAACGUGUUUGUCGCCUACUCGAGAGCGAACAAUUUCUCUUCGGUCGAGCGCAAGAGGAACAGGACAAGGAGCAGCUAUUUGUUCCUCUUUUCAAGGCUCUAGAUUCUGGAAAUCCAGCAGAUAAACCAGAAGACUUCAAAUUUCAGCUAGUGGAUCUUGCUAUCGCGAUGCUUCUCGGAGCUAGGAAAUGUUCGAUUUCCGACAAAAUUACGUUUCUUUUCGACCUUUUUGCGCGAAAUUCGCUAAAAUCCAUUCGAUUCCUGUCAUCGGAAUCUCUUGUGGAAAUUAUCCAUCUUGUCUUGAGUGUUCUCUCACGAAUCGGAGAUCUUCACCUCCCUCGGAUUUUAACGCGAGAAUAUAUCCAACAAUUCGUGGAGCGAGAAUUCCUAAAGCUACACAGCAGCAACUCGAGUGAAGAAAAGAUAUUUCCUGGCAUGACGCUGUAUGAAUUCAACAAAUACUGUCUCGAAACGAUUGAAGGCUCCAAAUAUCUAUGCGAAUUACUCGGCGCUCCAUGGAAAUACCUGGAUUUAAGUCGCUAUGUUAUCCAGCACAUGAAUGCUAUUCAACAGUACCGACUCGGACUCAUAAACGUCAACGACUUGAAGUACGCUCUCGCUCGACAGAUGACUCAACCUCGCGAGCAAUUAUCACGUUGGAAGAAGGCAAUUAUCCACGAGCGAGCGUUGGCGAUGGGAGAAAAUGACCCUCUGAAAACGGAAUAUUCCAAAUAUCUGCCCAAGCGUCGAAGCAAGUUAUUAUCCAAUGUGGUGCCUCUGGAUCACGGUGGAUAUCGCAAUUUGUUGCAUCACCGCAUGGAGGUAAUAUCACGUUCUGCAGUGAAGCUUCAGGCUGCGUGGCGCGCCCGAAAAGGUCGUCAAGUGGCUCGUCUGGCAGCUGAAAAGCAGGCUUUCUACCACGCUCGAGGCCUGGCGUUAGAAGAAUCUCGUGGCCAAAUCGAGCAGGAAUGGAGGGAUCGAGACGUCAAGCCUGCACACAGUGUGGAUAAAAUGAAACUUGAAGCUAAAAUCCGCAUGAAACAGGUGAAAUUACGCACGAAAGGGAACAAUUUCAGUCGGGAACAAGUGCUCGCACUUAUGACGGAAGAAGCGGUGCAACUCGCGCACAAAGAGGUAGAAAACCGGUUCCGAGAAAUGGAAGAAGAGCUCGGAUACCUGAAACACACCGAGUCGCUACAGCUUCCACACGCAGCGAUGGAGUAUCUCAAGCCUGACGUUGCUAAAGAUUUGGUCUCUCAUUUAGAAUAUGCCAAACAAGAGUCUCCGUCAGUGAAUAAUAUGCUGGAAACUAUCGCUGGAAACGAAGAACUUGCACGUCAGAAAGCUACAGCGAAGAAUCGCAAGCAUGACGCCGAAGAAAACGAGAAACAUUUCGUCGAUAAAGAAGCUUCUGCAGCUCGGAUAUAUCGAGCGAAAGCGAGGAAGGACAACAUGUUACAUGGUCGAUUUCCGCCUGAAUUGUAUCGUACUGGCUGUACUACUGACGAACUGGUAUGGCAAAUGGCUCUGGCGUUUCCCGACCCACCGUUGAGAAAAUUACGAGAUCGACUAAAGCAAAUUUGUGAUGGUAUGACAAAUUUUAAGUUAGCAGAAUUUCUCCAAGAAUUGCCGUCUAAACGUCAUAUUUGCGACUACGCGACUGCGUUUCGUCGCCGUGAUGGAUCCUACGAUGUGGACGCUAUGGAGACGGAUUUGUAUAACCAUUUCCGGAUUAUCCGUGGCUCAACGCAACUCGCAGCUGCUUUGGUAAAUAUUGCAGAAACCGAUCUGGAAUUUGGCUUGACGCAGCAAUUAUUGAACACAAUUCAACAGGAAAACGAACAGAUUUUGACGAAACUGGUCGCUGAUGAAAGCCACAAAAUUGCUAGUGAAAAUUCGCUUUCAAUGGCUAAAAAGCUGCUUCGCAUGGGGUACAAAAGUGACCUCGAAAGUAAAAGGAACGAAGAGCUCGCAGCUGAUAGAGAAGACCAGCAGCGAGUGGAUUUUAGUGGAUUAUUCCUGCAGAAAGAGACAUACGCACUGAACCAGCGACGUAAAAAGGCUCUUGAAGCUCAUAAUCGACUUUGA